GAAAGUUGUGUUUUGCAACGUUGGUCACGGUGGUCAACAAGUAGUUGUGAAGUGCGGCAGGUGACUUAUUUUUGUGUGUCUGAAUGCUAUAAAGGUGGAAAAGAGGUUUUAUAGCUUCAUAUAUCGUACAUAAGUGAGUGCUUUAUGAAACGUCAGCUGCAUUGGCACGAGAAAAUUUGGAUAUUGUGUAUUCAGCAGUUGUGUUUUGCUUUCUGCAGCUGGAGACAUUUCUUUGGUCAACCACAUACUAGCAAUAACUCAACUAUUCCGGGUUUCUGGCGUCUUUGUUAUAGUAUUAUAAAGAAUCUGAAACAUAUUACACAUAAUGGGGAAGCAUGAAGUGUGUGCCCCCAAAUAUAUUGCGAAGAAAAUAAAGGCGAAAGGCCUCCAGAAACUUCGUUUGUAUUGUCAGAUGUCCGAGAAGCAAUGCCAUGACGAGAAUGGUUUCAGGUGCCAUAUGACGUCAGAAUCACAUCAGCGACAACUUCUUCUAUUUGCUGAUAAUGCAGACAGGUACAUUAAUAAUUUUUCCAAAGAAUUUGAAAGAGAUUACCUGGAAGUACUAAAACAUGAGUUUGGUACAAAACGUGUUCAUGCAAAUCGUGUGUACCAGCACUAUAUCUCCGACCGUCAUCAUUUGCAUAUGACUUCUACAAAGUGGGAUACAUUGACAGACUUUGUGAAAUGGCUUGGAAGAGAAGGAAAGUGCAAGGUGGAUGAGGGUGAAGAAGGAUGGUUUGUACAGCAUGUAGACCGUGACCCAGAAACAACUGUCAUGCAAGAAGCUGUUUCCCGCAAGGAGAAGAUCGACAGAGACGACCAAGAGAUGAUGAUGGCCUUUACUGAAAAGCAAAUUGAGAAGGGGAAAGAAAGUCAAAGAAUGACACACCCAUAUUCAUGGAGUUUGUGCGACCAAGAGAGCAACAUAAAAUUGUUGUAAAUUUGAAGGUAGAAAGAAAAAGGGAUGAGGACAUGAAAAAUAAUAUUUUGGUGGCAAGUAAUGCAUUGAAGAAUGGUUCUUCAGCAGAAAACAAAAAAGACUCUAGAGAAUCUGGAAGAAGGAGAGGUGAAAAGAGGAAAUUAUCAGCCCUUGGUGAGAUCAUUAAAGAUGAAGAGAACGAGAGAGAACGUAUAAACAGAAAGGAUUACUGGUUGGUGGAAGGAAUUGUUGUGAAAGUGAUGGCAAAGUGUCUGGGUGACAAAUACCACAGGAAGAAAGGGGUUGUAGCUACAGUAUGCAUGUUAGAUAGUGGACACAAACUAAAACUAGACCAAGAACAUCUUGAAAUGGUGAUACCAGCAAUAGGGCGACCUGUGCGUGUUGUAAAUGGUGCUUAUCGUGUUUGCAGUGCCAUGCUUAGGGAACUGGAUCAGAAGAAAUUCUGUGUAACCAUUGAAAUAUCCUCAGGCCCUUUGAAGGGCAGAAUAGUUGACAAAGUUGAAUAUGCAGAUAUCUGUAAAUUAUAUAAUGUUGAUAUGUGAAUACAUUAUAACAUUAAUGUGACAUAUUCACAAGUUUAAAGACGGUUUGAUCCUGUAAGAAAUAAUAAGAACAAAGCAUAUAAAUUUAGCUACAGUACUCUUUGCAGUGAGAUAUUAAUUCUGUAAUUCAGUUAAUAAGCCAUCAUUGUAACGUCUCCAGUUAAUUAUGAAAUGUUACCAACGAGAAGUUUAA